GGAGUAAGAGGAGUCGAACCCUAUAAGAAUGCGGUGCGCACCGAGACGAUUAGUUACAGUGAGACUGGAGCAGAAGAAACACGUUUGAAGAAUAACCGAUUUGCUGCGUAUUCAAAGAAUAAUAAUUUUAAAAAGUUCACUUGAAUAAGACAACAGCAAUCAUGUCACUGCGAAUGAGAAACGUGUUCAUCAGUGAUCCAGUUGAUGUUCGUUGCGCAGAUCUUCUAACCAGCUAUGGGGUACCAGUCACCACCAAGUACAAAUUAUCAAAGGACGAAUUGAUUCAAGAAAUUCAGAAUUACGAUGCUCUGAUUGUACGCUCGGAAACCAAAGUUACAGCUGACGUUAUCAACAAUGCUCCUAAUCUUCGCGUGAUCGGACGAGCCGGUACUGGAGUUGAUAAUAUCGAUCUUCAGGCUGCCACACGUCGUGGAAUCGUCGUUUUAAACACCCCUGGAGGAAACAGCAUCAGUGCGUGUGAGCUCACGUGUGCUCUGAUCUCGUCUCUAGCACGAAACGUGGCUCAGGCAGCUCAGUCCAUGAAAGAAGGGCGUUGGGAUCGCAAAUUGUACUCUGGUUUCGAAUUAUCUGGUAAAACACUCGGUGUGCUUGGUUUCGGACGUAUAGGACGAGAGGUUGCACGUAGAAUGCAAUCGUACGGCAUGAACAUCGUCGCAUUCGAUCCGAUGCUUACCGAGGAUGAUGCCAAUGAACUUGGAGUGACGAAAGCUACUCUCGAUGAAAUUUGGCCUGUCGUUGAUUACAUCACGGUUCACACACCUCUCAUCCCUCAGACAAAAAAUCUCGUAAACGCGACAACUUUAUCGAAAUGCAAAAAAGGAGUGUACAUAAUAAACGUUGCCCGUGGCGGAAUAAUCGACGAGGAAGCUCUUCUGAAUUCGAUCAAAUCUGGCCAUUGCGGCGGUGCUGGUCUCGACGUCUUUGUCGAGGAACCACCUAAAAAUCCCAUCACUCUUGAGCUCAUAAAACAUCCUAAGGUCAUCGCAACUCCCCAUCUUGGUGCUAGCACAGCCGAAGCUCAGACACGUGUAGCCAUUGAAAUAGCGGAGCAAUUCCUUGCGAUUUCCGGAGUUACCGACAAGUACAACGUCACAGGAAUUGUGAACGCUCCCGUAUUUGCGGCUGCCAUGAUUGGUGACAACGCAAGCUGGAUCGAGCUGGCCAAAAGACUGGGGAAACUGGGUGCACGUUUCCUUCGAAAAAAUUUGGACUCACCGAUCGAGAGUCAGACUGUUGGAGACGGAAACAAAAACAGAAAAUUCAUUCAUACCGCUGUCCUCGUCGGUAUUUUAUCUGGACAAACGAAAAACGGUUUGAAUCUCGUAAAUGCUCCCAGUGUCGCCAAAGAUGCCGGUCUUAACAUUAACGAGAGUCACGUUGACGGUGAUGACGAACAAGUCGUUGUUAAAAUUGGUCAACACAGCCUAAGGGGUACUGUGCACAACGACCAAAUUCUUCUUCUGUCAAUUGAUGACACGGUAUUCGCGAAUGGUAUCGCUCUGCGUGCCUCCAUGUCGUUUUAUCGAGCGAAUGGUCCUCAAGAUCUUGCGACGAUAGUAAGCGCGUACACAUCGAAAGGUGUAGCAAUCAAUAGUCUCAAUUCAAAUGGGAAUUGGCUCGCUAUCGAGACUGACGAGGACGCGUCAAUAAAGGUUGAUGGAAUCGACAGCUAUUGAAAUUUUCCAUUCUCGCGAUGAAAUGGAAAACUCUAAAACUUUCUUUUCCGAGGCAAGAUAAUUCCUCGACAAAUUCCAGUAUUUCAGGAUUUCGUUGACAACGAAAAAUACGCCCUUUUUUAAAGACAGAUCAAUAAUAUCAGUUUUUCUACCUUUUAAUAAGAAGAUUCUUCCAAUAGAAGUUGUGAAAAUAGAAUUUAAAGAAGAUAAUAAAUAAGUUAUACCUUCUUAAUGGGUGUUUAGAGAUUUCACAUACCUUAUAAGUAACUUGAUAUGUACACUUGAGCAUAGAUUUUUAGAAAAAAAAGAAACAAUGUAUUUAUAUUUUUGUAAUACUUCCGAUCGUAAAAUGAAUUAAUUAAAUCUACUAUGUUAUAAA